AUGCAAAACUAAUAACAAGAAAUAGUUUUAAGAAUUCGUUCCUCAAAAGGUUAUAAUAGAGUAUCCAUUAAACUUUAAGACUCUAUUGGUUAACUGAAAUAAAAAAUACAAGAACUUACUACUUUAGCACCUUCUGAUUAUCAACUUUACUAUGAUUAAUAAUAUAAAAUUAUUUUAUAAGGUACAGAUAAAACAUUAAUUAGUUAGAUUCCAAUGUUAAAAAAAUGUAAUCAUGGUCCUCAAGGAAGUUGUUUAAAUUGUAUUGAUACAUCUAAAAAGGAAGAUGAAAAACAAGAAAGGUAAAAAUGGAAUUGUUAGCAUGGUCCUACAGGUAAAUGCUCACAUUGUAUAAAUUCUGAAUUGAUUCAAAAUGUAAAGCACGUAUCCUUUACCUAUUUUUUAGAAGAAAAAAAAUCUAAAUGUAAAGGCUAACACCCUUUAGAUGGAAUAUGCUCGAAUUGCUUGCCUCCUUCAGAACAAAGAAUGACAGUUGACACAACUUGCAAAAAUCACGAGGCUUGGCCAAAAGCAAUGUGUAAUAAAUGCCUUCCUCCAAGUUGCGUAAUAGCUAGAUAGCCAUAUAGGCAUGUAGAUUUUGCUUAAUUUAUGAAUGUGAAGGAGAUUUCAAAUUUCGUAUAAUCAUGGACUUAGACGUCUCACACAUAAUAAAAAAUGGGUUUUUUAUAUGGAUAUUAUGCUGAAGAUCCGAAUUAUAAAGGAGGUGUAAGGGCAAUAAUAGAAGCAAUAUAUGAACCUCCAUAAGUAGGUGAUAUUUCAGGUUUCAAAUUAUUAUAUGAUGAAUAUGAAUAAUAUGUUGAUUAAAUCGCUGAAGCACUUACUUUGGAAAAAAUAGGUUGGGCUUUUACUACCAUCAAUCAUGAUACAUUCCUUUGCUCACAUGAAAUUAGAAUGGCGGCUAAAUAUUAAGAAUAAUAUAGAGUUCUACAUGAAUCUGGGUAUCCUUUUUCCACUUUCAUUAGUGUAGUACUUAGAACUGGUAAAGAUAAUCCAAGUGAAGUUAGACCUGAAGUCUAUAUGGUGUCAGAUUAGGCUUAGAUAAUGGAAAAAAAUAAUAUAUUUGGAGAAAGUGAAAGAAGAAAAUUCAUGUAAAUUAGAGAUCCGGUUAAUGAUACUGAUGUUUUACCGUAAAUUAUUGUCGGGGGAAAGACUGUUAAAGAAUUUGAACCUGAUUAUUUCAUUGUAAAUGUUGCCCAUGGACAUUCUAAUCAUAAUAAGUUUUCGAUUAUUAAACAUGCAGAUUUUCCUGUUGCUAAUAGAUAAUAAUAAAGCCCUAUGGAAGUUAAAAAAUAUUUAUAAAAAUUCAAAAACUAAAAAUCUUUUGAAAAAUAUUCAGAUUUUCAUUUAUUAUUGUAUUUAGCUAAAUUGGUUGAUCUUUAAACUGCUUUAGUUAUUGCUUAAUCAGUUGCUUAAGAAACUGAUAUCCCUGAAGGAUGUGAAAAUUUAAUUAAUCAAAUUAUCGGCUAUUGA